UGAGACAUGGAUUUCCUCACUUUGUUCACAAUCUACGUGGUGCUGGUGCUGACAUGCAUAGUCCUAGUCUGUAAAUACUCAGGCCAGCAACAAAGCCCCUUGCACCUAUUGCUGAACUAUAUCACAAAGUAUAUGUGUUGCCCCAGACUUCCACACAGUAAUUGAAAUAAGGUAUUGGCACCGUUUACACCCAAGUGGCUUAAAAGGUUUUCUCAAUGGACCUUGCACAGAGUUUUUCAUCAAAGGAGCAACAUGUUCAUCUAUAUGCACAUCCUGCUGGAGGGGGCUGUAUAUGCAGAGUAUAGCUAUGAGGUGUUUGGCUACUGCAACGACAUGGGCACCACUCUAAUUAGUCUGUCAGUGCCUUACACCCUUUUGGCAGUCAGUACCGUCCUCUUCUUCCUGUGCAUCAAGACGGAUCCAGGCACAGUUACAAAGAACAGCAUCUCUGGCCAGCUGCACAUUUAUUCAUAUGACAGAAGACUAUUUCACCCUGGAGUCCCUUGUCCUACCUGCCAACUUAUCAAACCAGCUCGCUCAAAGCACUGCAGAGUCUGCAACAGAUGUGUCCAGCGAUUUGACCAUCACUGCGUCUGGGUGAACAACUGCAUCGGUGCUCAGAACACACGCUACUUUCUGCUUUACCUCAUCAGCUUGUGUGCCAUGGCAGGUGACAUUGUACUGCUGACUGGAGACAUGCUGCUUCAUGCUGUCUUGCAUUCGGGGCUCCUUCAAGCCAGUUACAUAGAUGAGCAUGGCCAGCAGCAGCCAGCUGGGCUGCUUUUUGUUAUACAGCAUCUGUUUUUGACUUUCCCCCGUAUUGUCUUCAUGUUGGGCUUCCUCAUCUUCGUCUUCUUCCUCCUGGCUGGUUAUGCCCUGUUUCAUUCCUAUCUGGCUCUCGUCAACCAGACCUCCAACGAGUGGUACAAAAGUCGAGGUUAUACUUGCCAACACUGCCAUCCAACUGUAACUGGUGAUAAUUUUUGCAGCCCUGCCCCAGAUCACUCAAAGAGAUACUUUUAUAGUCGAGGGCUACUUCGAAACCUGGGAGAGGUUUUCUUCCCUCCAAAGGCCAUUCAGAAAAAGGAGAACUGAGAAAAUAUGUUGCUUUCUCUAUUGACUGGUUGCAUUUACUAACACCAUUUAUACUACUGGAAAAAUAAAGUGUGAUUUCUUUAUUGUCUUUAGUUUCUGUCUCUCAUAAGGUAACAUACAUUUGCACUGAUCAGCCAUGACAUUAUGACCGCUGAGUGGUAACAAGAGAAAAAUAUACUAAUCUUGAUAAAGUGUCCUGCAUCCAGAAAUUCACAUGAAUGUUGUUUUUACAUCCACCCCAAUGUGGCAACAUCAUUCCCCCACAACAGCCGACUCCCCCACUUGGUCAAAUGUAGCGCACCAUACAAUACGAAGGGACCAAAAGGAUCUAUUGCUGACAUCCCAGUAACAGACAUUCCAGAAUCCAGAUGUUCUCUGUCCAGAGAGCAGAAGGAGGAGCUACUCAAAAGAGGUGGUUAUAAUGUUGAAGUUGAUACGUGUACAGCUAGGAUCAAAACCUUGCUUUAUUUAAAUAAUGUCAUUUAGCAGACACUUUUAUCCAAAGUGACUUACAUCUGAAAGAACACACAGGGAGCAAUUAGGAUUAAGGGCCUUGCUCAGGGGCCCAAGGUGGUUCAUCUUGGUUGCCAUUCUUGGGCUUGAACCUGGGACCUCCAGACUCAAGCCCUCCUCUGUAGCCACUAGACCCCCAGUUUAACCCGUCUAGUAUAUGUCCUUUACUGAGAAUAGAUUAUACUUUAUGUACUGUAUGCUG